AUGCAAACCUGGACAAAUGGUUCACAUUGUUCAUUUAAUUGUAGCUGGGAUGACAACGCGACUUUCUGGAGCGGUGAGCAUCCAGUAAACAAUUUCCCUGUUCCAAUUUUGACCGCAAUUUCUAUCAUAUGCUCUUUUUUAUUUAUCGUCGGGGUAUCGGGUAAUUUAAUGACAAUUUUGAUGGUCGCCAAAUACAAGGACAUGCGUACGACAACUAAUCUCUACCUAUCUAGCAUGGCAUUGUCGGAUCUUCUGAUAUUCUGUUGUAUGCCUUUAGACUUAUACAGAGUCUGGAGAUACCGUCCCUGGUAUUUCGGGGACCUCCUCUGCAAAUUGUUUCAGUUUGUCAGCGAGGGUUGUACAUAUUCAACUAUCCUGAACAUCACCGCCCUGAGCGUGGAGAGGUACUUCGCGAUUUGCUUUCCCCUAAGGGCCAAAGUUGUGGUCACCAAAGGGCGCGUGCGAGGAGUUAUUCUGAUUCUUUGGGCAGUAUCAUUUUUGAGUGCUGGACCGGUGUUUGUCCUGGUAGGAGUUGAACACGAAAAUGGAACUAAUAUUUGGAUUACAAGCGAAUGCACUGCGACGAAGUACGCUAUGCAAUCUGGACUUUUUACCAUUAUGGUGUGGGUAUCGAGCAUUUUCUUUUUCUUGCCCGUGUUUUGUCUCACUAUUUUAUACAGUCUUAUAGGACGCACACUCUGGAGAAGACCAAACAUUUCUAGUCGAGAUAAAAGCAACAAGCAGACUGUGAAAAUGUUGGUUGUGGUGGUGCUUGCAUUUGUACUUUGCUGGCUGCCUUUUCACGUGGUUCGUUACCUGAUAUCCAAGUCGUUCGAGACUGGGUCUCCGUUGAUGGCCGUCAUCACGCAGUACUGCAACCUCAUCUCCGUCGUACUCUUUUAUCUGAGCGCAGCCAUCAACCCCAUACUUUACAACAUCAUGUCGAAGAAGUACAGGGUUGCAGCAUGCACUCUCUUCGGCUUCAAGAAGACCCCAAGGAGAACAGCGUCCUCAGUAAAGGAUGAAAGUUCACCAGGAUUUACCGAAUCAAUUGCCAGCGUGUGACUGGACUAUUAAACUAGACUGACAUUCAUCUUUGCACAUGGUAAAGUCAUGCUCGUGCGCAUGUCCUUGUAUUUCUUUAUCGGACAUGAUGGAAGAAUAAGAAUAUGGCAGACACCUGUCCUA